CGAGUCGGUCAUUGAAUAUCACAACACUAAUUGUCAUUUUUCCGGAGGUCCUGGAACGCAGCUCACUGACGGUUGAGAAGGACGAUGGAAACAAAAAUGGACCUCGACUGAAAGCAGCAGGGCAGUAAUUAUCACACCCCUGAUUGCCACCUCACACUCAGCCUGAAAGGGGUGAAAGAGUGCCAUGGAGGCUCGCUUUGGCAAUAUUGUGUUUAGUUCCAAGUUUGACUCUGGGAACCUGGCACGUGUGGAGAAGGUGGACAAGGGUAACUCCAGUCCGACAUCUGACACAGCUUCUAGUGGGAGCUCCUCCUCAGGCUCAAACCUCUCCCCUGACUAUGAGUUCAACGUGUGGACGCAGCCAGACUGCGCCAGCACAGAGCACGAGAAUGGAAACAGAUCCUGGUUUUACUUCAGUGUGCGGGGGGCAGCACCCGGAAAGAUACUGAAGAUCAAUGUGAUGAACAUGAACAACCAGAGGAAGCUGUACAGUCAGGGCAUGGCUCCUCUUGUACGUACUCUACCUGGCAAAAACCGGUGGGAACGGAUUCGUGACAGACCCACAUCCGAGAUUGUGGAUAACCAGUUCAUUCUGUCAUUCUGUCACCGGCUGCUGGAGGUGCGAGGAGCAACCACCUACUUCUCCUUCUGCUACCCGUUCUCGUACAGUGAAUGUCAGGAGAUGCUGCAGCAGUUGGAUGAGAACUACCCCAAUGCAGCUCAGCUCAAUCUGAGCAGUGCACCAGGCACUGUGUAUUACCAUAGAGAACUGCUGUGCAACUCUCUAGAUGGCAACAGGGUGGACCUGCUCACUGUGACAAACUGCAGCGGGAUGCAAGAGGAGAGAGAGCCACGUCUGCCGAAGCUGUUUCCUGAUGCCAACACUCCCAGACCGCACCGCUUCGCUGGCAAAAGGGUGUUUUUCCUGAGCAGUCGGGUGCACCCCGGGGAGACGCCCUCAUCCUUUGUGUUCAACGGUUUCCUAAACUUCAUCCUCAGAAGAGAUGACCCGCGAGCGCACGCACUGCGCAACAUGUUUGUGUUCAAGCUCAUUCCCAUGCUCAACCCAGAUGGAGUUGUCCGUGGGCACUACAGAACUGACUCCAGAGGCGUGAACCUGAACAGACAGUACUUGAACCCCAGCCCGGAGCUGCACCCAUCCAUUUAUGCCGCCAAGUCACUUCUGCUCUACCACCACACGCACAACCGCUUACACAAACCGCAGUCCAGCACUCGCUGCAACAGCCCCGCUCACGCCCACACGCAGUCCGCCCCCCUCAACGUCAAGCCCACAAACCAGCAUCACACGCCCCCCCUCACUGCCCUCGAAGUCAGCUUGAACCAGCGGAACGCGGAGAAGGACGCAAAUCCUGUGCUGCCGGAAGUUCCCAUGGUCAUGGAGGAGAACGCCUGGGUCACCACUGAGACGGAGAAGGGAAACCAGAACGGCAUAUCAGCUCCCGCCGAGACUGAAGAUCCUCCUACUGGAGAUGUAGCAGUCCCACAGGAGGAGCAGGAACAGGAACCAGUGCCGCCCCAUGAAGGGGGCGUGGCUUAUUAUGUGGACUUACACGGCCACGCUUCCAAACGUGGAUGCUUCAUGUAUGGAAAUAGCCUUUCAGAGGAGAGCCAGCAGGUGGAGAACAUGCUGUAUCCGAGGCUUAUCGCUGUGAAUUCGGCUCACUUUGACUUCCUGGGCUGUAACUUCUCUGAGAAAAACAUGUACGCACGAGACAAAAGAGAUGGUCAGUCGAAGGAAGGCAGCGGCCGAGUUGCCAUUCACAAGGCCAUCGGGCUUCUUCACAGCUACACUUUAGAGUGCAACUACAACACCGGAAAAACUAUGAACACCAUCCCGCCCGCCUGCCACGACAACGGACGAGCAACGCCACCUCCACCUUCCACCUUCCCUCCUAAAUACACUCCUGAAAUAUUUGAGCAGGUGGGACGGGCCGUGGCGGUGUCAGCCCUGGACAUGGCAGAGUGUAACCCCUGGCCGCGGCUGGUGCUGUCCGAGCACACCUGCCUGACAAAUCUGCGAGCGUGGAUCCUCAAGCACGUCCGCAACACCAAAGGCCUGAACACGCACGUCCACGCUCCCCCGAGAAUACACCACGGCGGCAGCAAGGUGUCGCCGCCCAAGAGCUUCAACGCCAGCUGUUUGUCCGGAUCGGCAUCGGAGAACACUCUGAGCCGCGUUCGCUGCAACAGCCACGGCAGCAGCAGCCAGACGCCCUCCCCGAAGAUGCACAACUCCCCGAGCUUCACCUUUGGCUGCCCUCCAUCACGAUCUCACACACAGCACAACAGCACGCAUGGCGGCGGCCGAGGAGGCAACAAGACCCUGGGGCCAGUCAGGGACACUAAGCCUCAGGAGAAGAGACGCCCCCCUCACCACCGCUCCAUCCUACGGUCUCCCGGCAACAGCCACACAACCGCCCGCCCCCCACCCUCACCCCCUUCCUCCUCUUCCUCCUCGUCUUCCUCAGUGUGCGCGGCGGGCUCCUGCCCCCUCCCGGCCUCCGUCAGUAUGACAGGCCUCAGCUGCCCAGACUUUCAGGCUGGGGGAUCCAGCUCAGCCGGGUGGUCCAGAAUGCCGUUUCCCGCCCGUCCCGGGCGCGCAGGCCGAGGCUGCCGAACCGUCACGGUCACUCAUCACCCCACAGAGGCCAGCCGAGAGACUGCUGGUCCUGACCACAUUCUGUCCUCCAUCAAAUUCACAAAGUGUGAGCUGCAGCCUCACAUGAGCCGCAUCCCCAUCCGUAGGCUGGGCUCCACCGACACUCCCCCAACGCACAAGACAGGCGCACCAGAGAAAGAAGGGGUCAUCCAGCUUUCCUCUAAUGCGCUCGUUAAAAAGAGCGCCGACAGGAGUUUCCAGUAUAAAGGAAGCCACAUCGUGGAAACCGCGCCACAGACGGACAAACGACUCCAGCAGGUUGAGGAAGCGUCGCUGAUUCCUGUGCCUGAAGCCCUGAACAUGUGCAAGACGCCGCCCCUGUGUGGAGAAGCCUAGGAACUGCACAGAACGCCAGGUUUCUGUUGAGACAUCUUUGCUCUGUGUGCCCAAAUUCCCUUUAUCAGCUCACUGUUGGAUAAGCUGGGCACACACUGAUCACCAGAUCAUUACAUAAAUCAGCCAUGUGCAAUAUGAAGAAUCUGUAUGUAUUCCUGACCGACCUUGUGUUGUUACUCACUGUUACACAUUCAGAACGAGGAGCUGCUCAUCACAAAUACUGGAGCUGCUGAGGGUUCAGUGCCUUGCUCCAUGACACUACGACCACAGCUGGGGUAGAGGAGUGAUUUUAACUUCCCACAGGCAGGUUCUCCAGGCCAUUUUAGAUCAUAUCUGUGAACAUUUCAGGCACAGGGACUGCCCAUUACGUUUGUAUUCUGAUGCCAUUUUAGUCCCUGACAUGGAAAAUGCACUCUGACCAAUACUGUUAUGCACUGGUGAAUAUUUGAGUCAGCUUCUUGUACAGUUCCAACAAAAGGCCGACAGUUCUUACUGUCCUGACUGAAGCACACAACAGCACCUUCACAUCACUUUUUGGAUGUACAAACAAAUGAUUAAGAGAAGUGUUUGAUUAUUCCAAAUGUUUUAUGUGACAUUUACCUCAUGUUAAUCAUCAGAAAAAGACAAAGUGACCAUAUGUAAAAGAAAAGUAACAUAUCACUUUUAUUCUAGAUACACACAGCUGACUGGUCUGGUAGUCAGCAUGUGUUGCAUAUCCACCUCGGAAGACUGUGUGGCCGACUGAACUUUUAAGAUUGUUCAAAUUGCAGUGUGUUGGAGCCUUAAGUUAUCUUUAGAGACCUGAAUGAAAGGGUCAGAUCAAUGCAGUACAACUCCCAUGUUUGUGUUGUGACUUGGGAUGGCUUGUUAAAGUGUGAAAAGUGAUACAAUCUUGAAACAUACAUCAAUAGUCGCAGCUGUUCUUGAAGUUACCUUUUUGUGCAACUUUGAUUUGCGUGGAUGAAGGUCAGUCAUGUUACCUUAUUAAGGCAGAGAACGGUUCAGGGUGAGGUGACACUUCAUUUAUAUUCAAUGUAUUCUUCCUGUAACAGAUCUGUAGGAAUGUUUCGCUCUGCAGCACACAAGAAACGUCCUUCAUGACAUAUCCAAAUACUGUAUAUCCAUAUAACAUUUCAUAUUUUGAUGUUUUCUAUAAACUAAUGUGAUUGUGACUCACAGUAUACUGUGUUCAAACCUUGAAAUAAAGUAUUUUGAAG